AUGGCUAACGAGAGUGAUAUGAGGUCACUUCUUACAAUUUCCUCUGAACGUAGCACUCAAUCUGCAGUCCGUAAAUGGAGGAACGUUCCGCUUCAUGAACGGUGUUCCAUGAAUGACAUGGUUAAGAUCAAGGAAGCUUUUGAGGUGGCCCACGGAAACAAGCUUCUGGCUAAUGAGUUCAGAGAUUUGUUAAGAACAUUACUGAAUGUAGAAUACGACGAUGAAGAUUUUAAAAUACUUUUUAUGAAGAUCAACACGACCCGCGAUGGGGAAAUCGAUUGGGAUCAGCUGUUGUCUCACUUGCUCCUAGGCUACUUCAGCAACGACCAGGAGGACCAGGGUGAAUCGCUGCAACUGCCAAUAAUGGGCCUGCCAAAGAUCAUACGUUCUCAACAUCGUCAUCCGAUUUCCAGGAUCUGCUUCUGUCCUGAUGUUGCCAAA